GCGAGGAGAAGUAUUUGGCAUGUCUGAAUGGGAAAGGGAAUGCGGCAACCCGCUUCCGCUUCCUCCUCUUCUUCCUCUUCUUGUUCUUCUUCUUCUUCUUCUUCUUCGGAGCCCUUUUGAAUGCUGAGUCUUCCUGAUAACCCUGAUGAUGGGGUCUAUUAAGGUCAGCAACAAGGUAAUCCUGAGCAAUGUGCUCAAGGAGUGCCAACUGGAAGAGGCGUCGGAGGCAUUUGCAUCAUCCAGGGCAGGAAUCAAGGGGGGUAAAACUGGGAAGCUACCUCCCGUUCAAGGGCAGAAAGAGGAAGAUGGCACGGGGGUUGGGGGGGUUGGUGCAUUGCUGCCUGGCCCUGGCUCGGCUACGGAUGCGACAAGUUUUCCGGGGUCGCCAUCUGCAGUAACCUCGCAGGCGAUGCAUGAUCGACAGAGGGCGGAGAGGGUAGAGGCACAGAGGCAGUUGCUUAGAAAGAAGCAUGAGGAAGAAUUUGAGAACGUCCAACGCGAGGUUAAGCGAAGGCUGGAGGCAAAGAAGGUUCGACGGGAUGCAGAAUUUGGGAUGAUGAUGGCGGAGAUCUUGAGCGGAAUGCGAGACGAUGGGACGGGGUUCGUCCAGAGCAUGCGGGCGCUUGUCGAAUCGGCAGAUAAGAGAGAGGCAAGGCGAAGGAAAUCUGUUCACGCGAGCUGGCAAAAGGAUGUGUUCGACUACAUCCAGAACCAGGUGGAAAAGAAGCUGCAGAGAAUAACUCGCAACGGACUUAAGGAUCGGCAUCGUAUGAUUUACGGGAAGUUCCUCAAGGCAAUAAAGGAACGGACUGCGAUCUUCCGGGACAUUGUAGCAAAGGACAUUUAUGACCCAUUUGAAAGCCAUCAGUACAUCAUCCGAUACUCUACCAAAGGUGUUAAGGACCCCACAUUGUCAGCUGUGGCACGGCGGAUACAAGAACUGCAGCAGCUAGGGGUGAAGGCGACAAUGCCCCCUGCCCACACCCGCUACACCUUGGAUCCUACAAAAUGGUCUGGACCUGUCAUCCAGAGCUCAGCCAUAGGACACAUGAACGCAGAUGACGGGUCAGUUAUCAACGUGUCCAAAGGGAACCCUCUCAGGUACAAGUCCUUGAUUCGCCCACUCCUUGACCACUAUAAAAUCUCACCACCUGAUAAAUACCGCCCACAAAAGAGGAUGUUCGCAAUCCGAAGAGGCCAUGUCGCACGCCCAAGGGGAAUCAGGAUUAUCAAUGACAUGGAAAGGUGAUGAGGCUCUCAUCGUCAGUGUGGCAGAAAGUUUAAGAUCU